GGACAACAGUGAAAGAAUCGUCUUAUUAUCAGCCAUUCGCUGAUAUUAACUCACACACAUACACAUGACACACGACACACACGCGACAGAUGACUCAGCGAUGCCAUUCCUUCAUCUUGCCACGGCCAUCACCAAUCUCUCCACCGCACUGCAACAAGACGCACCACACAAACCAUACCAUGGAUGAGUGGAUGGGUGUGGCCAGCUGGGUCCUUCUUCCCUACUCUUCGUCGGGUUUGUCUGGGGUCUCCAGGAGUAUCUCCUGCCGGCCGUCCUGCACCUUCACCACACGCCAGUCCUCGGGGUACCGACGAAUGACCCAAAGACUCCUGUCGGCGAACGGCGUCGCUGCACACACAGAUGCGCACAAGGACUGAGUCAGUCCGCAGCGAGCGGUCAUGUUUUGUCAUGCUGCUCUCACCUUCGCGGAUGAUGACGUAUGUGUAUUCAAAUUUGGAGUACCACCGGUCCAUCGCAGCGUUCACACCGGGGUAGAAGAACCUGCGGGCAGCCAACACACACACAGCAGCAGGUCAGUCAGUCAUUCCUGAUGUUUGGCUAAGGUGCGCUCACGAAUGCUCACACACAGCAUCAAUCACGCUUGCUCACGCACCUGGGGUAGUAGCCUCUCCGCAGCCUCUCCAGCUGCCCGUUGAUGAUAACCGUAGGGGCAAUGUUGGCGCAGUGCUUCUCGAUUGAGACGUACUCGGUGUACCUCCCCGUCCACCCUGACCAAGUCAGCCAUGCCAUGACAACACCAAGCCACCCAAGACACUUCUGUCUGUUUGUCUGCUCGUCGUCCCCCCCCACCGACCAGGGCACAUGAAGGUCUGCAGGCCUGUCGUGGAGGGCGCCGCAUCGCUGCCUUUCUUGAGUGCCUCGAUGUAGCUGUCGAUGUUGCUGACGUCUGCCGUCGGGUCGAAGCCUUCCAAGGCCAGCCGCUGCUCCUGCGGGUCGGCGAACAGGAUCAGAUGGCCGUUGGGGAUGGCACCAAGUCGGCGAGACCACAUGCUGGCGACAGACAGAAGAGGAAGGAGGUGAUGUGAUGUGGAUUAGAUGGAUGCAUUGCAAGCUGUGCCACCUGCUGAAUCGGACGGUCUCAUCGAGGGUCUCGCCGAGGGACACGUCGCCCUUCUCUGGCUUGACAGGAAACUCUGACACGACACAAACCACACACAAAUGCGAAGAACAAGAGGUCGGCGAUUCAUUUCGGUGCUGCCUUGCCUUCUUUCUCUCACCGAUGCAGAUCUUGUCAAUGCCGUCCUUCAGGGCCGCCAGCGUGCUCUCCGCCGCCUGUCUGGCCAUCUCUGUGACAUCGAGUGCCCUCACCUUGUUGCUGUCGACGGGCACAAUCGGGGCUGCGUGAAGGCGAGAUGGAGGGCCGUCGGCGUCUGUGAUGUGCCUUCUCCUCCUGUGUGGGAGGAUGGGUGGAUGGGCUGAGCGAGUGGGCAGCUGGUGAAGGAACGCAUCAUCCGAUGCUGUAUCUGCGGAGAUGAAGUAUGAAAUGAGGACAGUGACGAUGCAGCAGCCAGACGAGAGCGUCAGAAGCAUCGCGGAAUG